AUGUUCAACUUCUUCACCACGCUCAUCGCCGCCUCGGCUGCUGCCACGGUUGGCGCCAUCCCUGCCCGCCGCAGCCAGUCUGCGAGCAUCACCCCUCACGACAAGUACUCAUCCUCCAUUGGUGUCCUGGGCUGCAAGAUCGACACCAACAACGUCGCAUACUGGCCCAGCUCGCCAGACUGUGACAAGAUCUGCGUCAAGGUCACCAAGGACGGCCGUUCGCGCCACUUGCUCAAGAUCGAUCAGUCCGGCGGUGCUCAUGACAUCUCAUACGACGCCUGGAACUACCUCGUCUCUGGCAAAUCUGCAACCGAAGACCCUCAGAUGGGCGGCGGCGUCGAGAUGGAAUACGAGUUCGUCGACAACGAGGAGUGCGCCGAUCUCAUGGACGAUGGAAAGCUGGAUUUUUCCGCCGCCAACAGCAUCAACUUUGUCACCUCCUGCGGCGCUAAUACUUGGGUUGGCAAGAACCACAAGCUCAUCAACAUCCAAGAUUCCCAGUGCAAGUACGGCGACGAUGUCGAGUGCAAGCUCGACCUCGCUGUGAGCAACCAGCCCAACUGCGGCAGCUCGGUGCUGGGCAUCAACUCCGACUCGGGCCUCAAGGUUGUCGACAUUGCCUACGGCACCGGCGCGAAGGUUACCGCUUGA